UUAUUCAUCCGCUGUAUGAGUCAGGGAGGGUGGGGAUUUGGAAGACUGCUGUACCAGUCACACUUUGUCAGUUUACUUUCUCAUUCCCUUACCCCAUCUCCCUCUUUCUCUCUCUGUGUUUCUCUCCCCGCUCUGCUGCUGCUGUUUUUCUCUUUUUUUGCUGCUGCUGCUGCCCGCCUGCCCGUCCUCUCCUGUAGAUUGCAGAGAAGUUUUGUCGUGCUGUAAAAGAGGGAUCCAAUUUGGCAAAAAAGAGGAACAUUUUGCAAGUCUCAGCAAGAUCAUUGGGUAACAACAGUACACGAUGGCGAACGUGCUUCAAGGGAUAAAGGAGAUUGGCUCACAUGCCGUGGAUAUCUACGACUACCUCUUGGCGGGAUUUGAUCCUCGACUAAACGAUUAUCCACUUAUGCAGACUCCUGGUACCAUGUCUGCGAUUUUGGUGUGUUACCUAUUCUUUGUACUUUACCUCGGACCUCGAAUAAUGGCCAAUCGAAAGCCAUUCCAGCUAAAAGAAGCCAUGAUAGUCUACAACUUCAUGCUAGUGGCACUGUCAAUAUUCAUCGUCUAUGAAUUCUUGAUGUCUGGUUGGGCCACGACAUAUACCUGGAGAUGCGAUGCGGUUGAUACAUCUGACAGUCCUCAAGCACUACGAAUGGUCCGAGUGGCCUGGCUGUUCUGGUUCUCCAAGAUUAUUGAGCUCAUGGACACAAUCUUCUUCGUGUUGAGGAAAAAGCACGGCCAGAUCACCUUCCUACACAUCUUCCACCACUCCUUCAUGCCCUGGACCUGGUGGUGGGGAAUUUCUUUUGCUCCCGGUGGAAUGGGAUCUUUCCAUGCCAUGGUGAACUCUACCGUCCAUAUCAUCAUGUACUUCUACUACGGCCUCUCUGCUGCUGGACCACGCUUCCAAAAGUUUUUGUGGUGGAAGAAAUACAUGACCGCCAUCCAGCUGAUCCAGUUCGUCCUUGUUUCCCUCCACGCUACCCAGUAUUAUUUCUUGGACAGCUGCGACUACCAGUACCCCAUCUUUUGCCACCUCAUCUGGAUUUAUGGAACCUUCUUCUUCGUGCUCUUCUCUAACUUCUGGGUCCAGGCUUAUGUCAAGGGCAAGCGGUUGCCCAAACAGGGAAGCACGCCGUGUCAGAACGGCGCGGCUGUCUACACCAACGGCAAACACCACGAGAACGGCAUCACCCACGGAGCCACCAACGGCUCGGCCCACCACGAGAACGGCAGCACUCACAUGGGCAAGAUGAAGAAGGCUUAAAGUGUCCGAAGAUGAUCUGGGGCUGUUUCUUCUCUCGUUUUUGGUUUUAAAUGCAAAACAUUGGGAAAUUGCUUGGUCAAUGAUCUCCACAGUUGGGGUUCCACUUGGUUUGUUUGUUUGUUUGUUUGUAACAAAUUGGAAAGCCAUUCAUGGAACACAAUGAAUGAAGAGAAGAUGUUUUGACCUAAAUGUUAUCUUCACUGAUGUUGCGGCAACCUCCUAGUUCACUCUCACACCACGUCUCUUGCCUUCACCCCACUUAUCUGACCCCCCCUGUGGACAGACGACUGUACAGUUUCUAUCAAACUUGAAAAUACUUUUUGUAAAUAGUUCUACGACACCAAAAAAAACCCAACAAAAAAAAAAACAAAUAACACAUUAGACUUUCUAAAUUUUGUUACAUUGUGUAUUUAAAAUGUAAAAUACCAAUAAAUCCCAUUUUAAAUUAUCUUA